CGGUGGAGAAGAACAGACGUUUGGUCAGCACACGCAGGGCUUUACAAUGUCCAGCUCAGACCGCCUUCCCGACUACCCGCUCAGCUCAGAUGUGGUGAAGAGGUUAAAGUCGGCACUGGAAGCCGGGGACGACGAGGCCCUGCAAGACCUGGUCUGCGCUCGAGUCCAGCCCGUGGACGCCGUGAUAGAGCUGGCCAACGACGACUGGCUGAAAGACCCCUCCGCGCAGCUGCCGCCCGGGUUCCACGCCGCCUUGCUCGCGGGCAACCUGCGCCGCCUGGCCCCGCUCAUGGACCAGUUCUUCCAGGACGCCAACAUGGUGUUUGAGAUCAGGGAGGAGGAGAUGGAGUGGCAGGGGAACGCCCCGGCCACGUUUGGCCUGUCAGGUCUCUGGACCCUAGAGUACAAGCGCGAGCUCACCACGCCCCUGUGCAUCGCCGCGGCCCGAGGCCACGCGGCCUGCGUGCGCCACCUGCUCGCCCGGGGCGCCGAUCCCAACGCCAGCCCCGGCGGGCGCGGGCCCCUGCACGAGGCCUGCCUGGGGGGCCGCGCGGCCUGCGCACAGCUGCUGCUGCAACACCGAGCCGACCCGGACCUGCUCAGCGCCGAGGGCCUGGCGCCCCUGCACCUCUGCCGCACGGCCGCCUCGCUCGGGUGCGCGCAGGUCCUGCUGGAGCACGGCGCCUCGGUGCACCGCGCGGGCGGCAGCGGCCAGGACACGCCGCUGCACGUGGCGGCGCAGCACAGCCUGGACGAGCACGCCCGCCUCUACCUAGACCACGGGGCACGAGUGGACGCGAGGAAUGGCCGCGGCGAGACGGCCCUGAGCACGGCAUGCGGCACAGCGCUGCGGCCCGACGAACACGAGCGCUGCCUGCGCCUGUGCGCGCUGCUGCUCCGGCACGGAGCGGCGCCGGACGCGCGCGACGAGGACGAGCGCAGCCCGCUACACAAGGCCUGUGGCCGCGCGAGCCCAGACCUGGCGCACCUCCUGCUGCGCCACGGCGCUGACGCGGCCGCGCUCGACUACGGGGGCGCCUCGCCGCUGGGCCGCGUGCUGCAGACAGCCGCCUGCGCGCCCCAGGCCGCGCCGGAGCGCAUCGUGCAAGCGCUGCUCAACCACGGCGCCCCCGCCGUGUGGCCCGACUCCUUCCCCAAGGUGCUGAAGGCGUGCGCGCCCGCCCCAGCGGUCAUCGAGGUUCUUUUCAACUCCUACCCGCAGCUCCGCGUGUCCGAGGCCUGGAGGGAGGUGAUUCCCGAGGAGGCGUUUCAGGCGCACCGGCUUUUCUACCAGUCCCUGCUCGCCUUGGCCCGCCGCCCGCGCAGCCUGCAGCACCUCUGCCGCUGCGCCAUCCGCAGGCAGUUUGGCAAGAAGUGCUCUCGCCUGGUACCCGGGUUACCUUUGCCCGCGCCCCUGCGAAGCUACCUCCUUCUGGAGCCAGAGGGUGUUUUGCACUGA